UUUUUUUCAACCCAUGAUUGCAGGUGAUUGACAUGAAUGACUAUCAGAGAAGGAGAUUUGCUUCCCGGAUCAUUGAUAGCCUCUUCAACACCGUCACCGAUAAGAAGAUUGCGAUUUUGGGAUUUGCGUUCAAAAAGGACACAGGAGAUACCAGAGAAUCGUCCAGUAUCUACAUCAGCAAAUACUUAAUGGACGAAGGUGCCAGACUCCACAUCUAUGAUCCCAAAGUGCUGAAGGAGCAAAUCAUUCUUGACCUCUCUCACCCAGGGGUGUCAGAGGAUGACCAAGUCUCCCGACUGGUCACCAUUAGCAAGGACCCUUACGAAGCCUGUGACGAGGCCCACGCCCUAGUAAUUUGCACGGAGUGGGACAUGUUUAAGGAGCUGGAUUACGAGCGCAUUCACAAGAGAAUGCUGAAGCCGGCUUUUAUCUUCGAUGGGCGGAGAGUCCUUGACGAUCUUCAUAAUAAGCUGCAAGUGAUCGGGUUCCAAGUCGAGACAAUCGGAAAGAAGAUAUCAGCCAAAAGGAUUCCCUUCGCUUCGUCCGGCGACAUCCCAAAAUUCAGCCUGCAGGACCCUCCUCUAAAGAAGCCGAGGGUAUAGGCGUCGUUGGUACAGAAAAGUUGGAAUAAGAAGGAAAACAGGAGAAAGUAACAGGCACCUUUGAGCCUCAGUCAAGCAUUUUCAGAUGAUUUUAUUUCAAUAGGAGAUUUUAAAUAAUCUCCCACUUAACCGCAUUCAGCUCUGGCUAAAGGAAGUUUAGUAUUUUUUUGCAUAGGGAAAAGGGAUUUUUAUACGAACCAUUAUCGUACAGCACUAUUGUAUAUGGGACAUUUUCAACCAGAUUCUGUUUUAUAACGUCUAUUUUUCCAAUAUUGUAACUUCUACCAAUGAUGCGUGAACUACCCAGCCGUCGUUUUUUAAUAUUUUUUUUAACAGAACGACCCCAUCGGCUUCGAACUUCAAGAUUAGGUUUUUGCGAGAUUCACGAACUUAGUUUUAUGUCUUGGCAGUUGAAAGUAGAAGAAAGUUAAGAGAUUUCCUAUUUAAUGGAUAGUCAUCUAUUUAUACCACGGAACAUUGUUGGUGUUGGAAGUUUAAAUUAGACUUUAUCAGAUAGGAGAGACUCCGGCGAAGAUAUUUUUUUUUCUUCAUGAGUAAAACCGAGGCAUUAAUGAAAUGAUGGUUGCGGUUCUUUGCAUAAAAAUAAUGCUUAUUCCAGAGAAGGGCCCAAGUAGGAAAUUUAUUAAUUUUGCUUUCUCUUCAGCUGCUGAUACGUUGGCCAUCACUUCAAGUUUCUAUGGAAGCGCAUCUUAGAAGCUAAGCAAAGCACGCAUUUCGUACUGUGACUAAAAAAAGAAUUGGAAAUUUAUAAUUCCCUCCAUCUAUGGAAUUGAUCUGAUUUUAGUACACUAUAUUAAGUUCUGACUUAGUGCAACCGUGGUUUACUGAAUAAAUCAAAGUUGGUAAAGUUUGUACAAUACCAUGAGUCAACACCAAGCAAGCAAAAUAUGGUUUUAAGCACGCUGCCUGAACUGGGACACAGAAUAUCCUUAAAAUGUCUGGGAAUGUUUGCUUAUUGUUCAGAGUCUUCGAUAUUAAUCUUACCACCAUCUUUCCUCAUCCUUAUUACAAGACACAGUCAGGGAUCUGAUUUUUUAUUUAUUUAUUGGCAGCUUGUUCCAGUAAACUAGGACACGUAAAAUAAUGACCCAUAGGAUGUUUCCGUUUUCCAGGGAAUAAAUACAAAAUUGGAAUAGCCGUCACUGCAAUGGGACCGUUGUGUAAUUCUCAACACAUUUGCUCUGCUUGUAAUCAAAACGGAAGUUCUUGGAUCAAGCGAUGGUUUUUUCUCAAACUGC